AUACAUACUUCUGGAAUUUGAAUGAACUUCAAACUUAACCAAAAAAAACAACAAAUGUUAAUAUUUAUUAGUAUAUUUAUGAAGUAAAUAAUGCGUGCUGUAAUGUUUAUUUAAAACGAGGAUACUACUUGUGAAGUGAGAAGUAAAGUCUGAGCUCAAGUUGUUGAAAUCAUUCCCAAAAAUACUUCAAAAAACAAAGGCGGCCUUUUCAAAAUGGAGCAGUUUCCAAACUAUGAAUAUAUUUCUCAGUUGAAGGAACUUUGCAGAAACAUCAUUCAGAAUCCUAGAAAUAUCGAAAGCAUGAAAAGUCUCAAUGAUUUGAUAAUCCAUUCUUCGAAAUCAUUAAUAAAAGUUGUUCAGCCUACCAUACUUUCUACAUUCUAUCCAAUUAUCAAAAGUAUUUCGGAAAACAAAUCAAGUUUCAGCGAUAAUAACAAACAACUAAUAAUUGACACACUCCGAAACUUAUUUGAUAAAUCUACCACUGAUAAACUAGGGUUGUUUUUCAACAUCUAUGCGUUUCUAUUGUUUGAGAUAUAUGAUCAUGUUCAACACAAAGUUCUACCCAUACACGAAGAAUAUAAACUGAGUAUAAUAGAAUGUACAAAAUCUUUGGCAAGGAGCGUUUCUACAGACAUUAUUUUUGAACUUUACAGCAAGACGAAUGCUCCCAAGUUGUGCCAAAUGCUCUAUGUAUCUAUUGAAGUAGCCAAGACUGAGAAAUUGAAAAGUUUGAGAAUCGCUGCUAUGGAAUGUAUUAUGUCUCUUGCAAGAGUACUCGAUAAUGAUGAUUUCAAUGAUGUUGUACUUCGAAAACAAGUUGCUGAAGUUUUCCUAUUCUUUUUGCCAGGAGUUGCUUCUGGUUUGAAGCAUGUAGCACUAGAAGAUGAGAAAGUUGGACAUAAGAUUCCAAUGGUAGCGUUGAAAGCUUGGGGUAGAAUUGUUACACUGCUUAUGCAAGAUUACGAUGCGGUUGAUAAAAAUUUUCGCAUAAGUGAUAUUAACGUUGAAAAAAUAAAUGAAUGUACGCAGGCAAAGGUUAAACAAAAGUGGAAGACCAAACAAGACAUCAAAGAGCAUCUAGAAGGAACCAAACUUUCCCCCCAAUGGUAUAGAGAUACUGACAGAAAGUUGGAAAUUCUCAUUGUGGAUUUUAUGCGAGUUACUCGACAUUCACAUCCUAAAGUCCGAUUAGAAUUGUCCAGAAUGUGUGGGAUAAUACUUGAGAAUUGUAAGGGGACUAUGCCCAACUCAGCAAGGCAUUUAAUAGAAAUAGUUAUAACUCUUACUGAAGAUGAAGACACUGAAAUUUCGAAAGAAAGCACUUCCAUAUUGAGAAUUUUAUCUGAUCAACUCAAUUCAAAUGAUAUCAAAUGUUUGCUGGAAAGUUUGGAGGAAGGUUUUUUGAGUGCAAUAAACUGCUUGCCAAGAAAAUUCAAUGGAAUUGAUGAAAGAGAACAGUUAACAUCAUUGAACACACUAAUUGGUUAUUUUACUGUUUUUGGAGAACAUAAAUUAAGUCAGGUCUUAUUGUCAGCGAAUCAUUUGAACAAUUUGAUGCGAACUCUACUACAUAUAUCGGAACUCAAAAGAAGCACAGUGGGGUUAUUGGAUGAAUAUUCAGUUAAAGAACUGGAUCCCAAAUCAGAUGUAGGAACCCCCUGGAAAACAUUCAUUCAUUUCAAUGAACAUUCCGUUCAAAUGAAAUUGGAGAAAAUAUGCGCCCUCCAAGCAAAAUACGGCUCCUUUAGAAUUAUCAGCGACUUUUUGCUGGAUGUAAUAAUGUACGAAGAAGAGCACCGAAAAGAAGGAAUUUUCAUUUUGAAUGAAGCUAUAGCAGGUGCAGAGGUCAACCAGGAAAACUUAGAUAUCAUGAGGAACGUCGUGGACACUUAUAUCGACAGUUCAUACUGGCAAGUGCCAUUGACAGUGGGUUUAGAUGAAUGUGGAAAUGACGUGUCUCUGGUGCAGACCCAGCAUAAUGUUAUUCAAGUUUGCUUACUUGUUGAAGGAGUAGGAAAAGUUGCUUCCGUUCUCAAAGACCGAUUCCAAGAAUUCAUUUUGAAGACUUUGUAUCUGGUCUUAGAAAGAGCAGGUAGUAGUCAUUCUCUUGUGAGAGCAGCCGGCGUAUCGGCAUUGAAAACUAUUUCCACUUCUUGUGGAUAUUCAGAAGUGACGGAAAUGAUCAAUGCCAACGUAGAUUUUUUCUCGUUCCAAGUCGAAAGGAAGUUGAUCAGAGCUGAAGAUAAAGAAAAUGUUUUGAAUGUUCUGACAAUUGUAUUGAAGUAUAGUACCAUGGAUGUUCUCAAGUAUAUUGCAGGGAUAAUACAAGAGGUAUUGGUACAGUCCUGUGACAAAUUCAAAGAACAAAAUUGCAUUGCAUACCUCCAGGUAUUCAAAGUUUUUGUACAGUGUCUAACUGAGUGGCUGCAGAUUGAAGUCAAAGAAGAACCCAUAAAAUCUAAGGCCGAAAAACUUAAGGAAGUGGAAGAUUUCACGGUUAGCGGUGUCAAUAAGAACGUGGAGAACAAUUUUUCUGAUGCAAUAAUGGAAAAAACCGCUGAAGAAAUGUUCAAAGAAGACAUGGUGAAGAAAAAAGAAGAAUUGGAGAAUGAAGUUGGAGAACCCGAAGAUGAUGAAUAUAAAAAGCCUGAUCCGCCUCUACACAUCAAAUUAACGGUUGCCAUAUUGACUCGCAGUCUCCAUUUUCUUCCUUCUAAAGACAAGCAGAAAAAGUUACUGGUUCUUCAAAUAUUAUCCAGUGGUUUGGAAAUAAUUCGUGACUGGGAAGACGAGCUAUUACCCAUUGUACACCAAAUCUGGUCUCCUUUAGUUCAACGGUUCAAAGAAUUCAACGAACCAUUGAUUAUAAAUUAUUCUUUUCAACUAUUAGUGAGGUUAGCUAGACUUUCCAAAGAAUUUAUUAGGAGCAGAACAACAAAAGAAGUUAUUCCAAGCAUCUUAGAAGUUCUCACCAAGCUUUCUGGAGAAAGCUAUUUGAAAGAUCGAGGAUCGGCCUAUAGGUAUUCCCAAGCAUUCAAACUGCAGCAAGUACUGAUAGACAAUCUCGGAAAAGUUUUGAUAAAUCUAGAUACGGAUGCAACUACCGUGAAUAAGGUUUUCGAAUGCAUGUUUAAAUAUCUGAGUGAUAAACAACCAGUCCCAUUACAAGUGGCAGCCCUGGAGUUUUUCAAAGUUUCUGCAGUGUACGACCCAUCUAACGUUUUGAACAAAUUAGGACAGUGGGAGAACGAUAAUAAAAAUAAUGAGUAUGAAAAAAAUAUUCUUCAAUUACUGACUGUUAUUCAAUGAAAUACAACAAUAAUUCAAUCCAUCAGGAAUUUUAUUUUGAG